AUGGAGCCAGCGGAAGUUGAUUUAACAGAUGACGAUUCAUCGAGAAGCCGGUAUCUUUUAACAAUCAGUACAUGUUCCACGAUGAACCCGACAGUAGCUAUAGCGUUUGUCUUUAUAGGAUGUUGUAGUAAUAUGAUUUUUCUGGAGUAUUUGAUAAGUGCCAUCCCUACUUGUGGAAACUUGAUAACAUUCUCCCAGUUUCUGUUUAUUUCCUGCGAGGGACUCAUCACUACAUCCAAGUUCUUCACUGUCCCUCCCAAAAUACCCAUCAGGAGCUACCUGGUUAUGGUGGCCUAUUUCUUCCUCGUCCAGGUGGCAAACAAUGCCUCCUACAUGUUCCGUGUGUCCAUACCUCUCCAGAUGAUAUUUCGAGCUGGCUCAAUGAUCCCGAGUCUUCUAUUAGGUGUUCUUAUUUUAAAGAAAAAAUAUUCAAAAGCUAAAUAUGUGUCUGUGAUGCUAGUCACCAUGGGAAUUGCGAUGUGUACGAUAGCAUCAGCAAAUCAGGAAGUCAAGCACGUACAUGACGACAAGGAGCCGUCCAAGGACCCAGAAACCGAAGCUCAGAACGUCUUCAAUGAUCUGCUGCUGUGGACACUAGGUAUCUUGAUGUUGACCGUGGCUCUGUUUUUGACCGCGGGGAUGGGAAUUAUUCAGGAGAAGACAUACACACAAUUUGGAAAACACCCAAAAGAAUCUCUGUUCUACAAUCACUUCCUGCCUCUGCCUGGGUUUAUCUUCCUCGCCUCAGACAUCAGUCAUCAUGUCUCUCUCUUUAACCAAACAACUCCAGUGAGCGUGGGCCUGGGAUUCUCCAUACCUCAAAUGUGGUUAUUCCUGAUUGGAAACUUAUUGACACAAUACAUUUGUAUACGCAGCGUAUUCAUCCUGACGACGGAGUGCUCGGCCCUGUCUGUUACGCUAGUUGUGACCUUGAGGAAGUUUGUCAGUUUGAUCCUGUCCAUAUUUUACUUCCACAACCCGUUCACUCACCUCCACUGGAUCGGAACCUCCUUGACCUUUGUAGGGGUCAUUCUGUUUACAGAGAUGGUCCAUGUUCCAGGGUUGAUGCCUCCCAAGAAGGGGGUCAAAGCUGACUAGGAGAUUGAAUGAGUAUUUAAGAGUAUGCAUGUAAAAGUGUAGGUAAAAAUGUGUGGGAGGGUGAAAAUGUUUAUAUAUGUAUAAGAGGGUAAAAAUGUAUAUGUAUAAGAGGAUGGAAGUUUCUGUUAAGGCUAAAUGUAUGUGUAUGUUCAGGAGAAAAAUGUAUGGGAGUAAAAAUUUCUCUAGCUUUUUCCCUCCAGUUUUUUAAUGUAUUUUUUGUAUUUGAAAAUCCUUGGUAAAACAAAGAGACAAUCAAAAUGGAAAAGUUGGAUGUUUUAGACAUAUUUGAUUUUUUCAUCGUUCAUAACGUAAGUCUUUAGAAUUGAAUCAGGUGUGUUUUGUAAGAUGUAAAUAUACUCUUCUGUAUGAAAUCCAAAUUUAAAUAAGAUCACCAAUUAAUCAACUUGAACAAUACGGGAUAAUCUCUUUUGAUAAAAUGCCACGUCCAACUAUUGUAUUAGCCAUCAGUUGUAUUAUGAAAUGUAAACAAGUCUAGUCCUUUGUCCUUUUCGUUGAGGAUGCUGUAUUAAAUUAAUAAGCCAUCUUUUUUUCAUGGCUUUGGUGCCUAUUUGAAAAAGAAAAAAGAUAUUAAGGCUGAAAUUCUGCGUGUGUGGAUGAUGUAGCUAACUCUGUACACCCAAUCUCCAUAAUUAGGACUACCUUGGUAUGUACAUGGUUUAUAGCAUACAGUGGAGUCAGUACACAUAACUACUGCAUCUGGGUAUGAAAACUUGCCAUGGUUAUUGAAUUUACGUGGUAGAGAGUAUAUCUAUUAACCUAGAUAUCAAAUUGUCUUUCAUUCAAGAUUUAUAUUAAGAUAACAAGGUCAACAUUUUUUUUUUUACUUUGUGAAGCUCUCAGCAUAAUAUCUAAUUCUAAGACAUAAACUUAUCACCUCUUGUAGCUUGUUAUUGUAAAAUAAUCCUGUUGUCUUUAUUUUGUCCUGGUGUUAGUUAUUAGAAUUUUUCAUAAACUGGUUUUCAAAAGGACAUGAACAGUUUAUUGUAAUAAAAGAUUCAAUGUUUAAAUAUUUAAUUCGCAUCUCAUUGAAAAUUUUUGAAAUUAUUUAAUUUAAUUUAGUAAAUUCAGCCAUGUUAAGGUUUAACAAAAUGAUAAUCAGUUUUUUUUAUUUAACUGUUAAAAUCUUUCAUUCUGUGGUCUGUUAAAUACAUGUACAUUGUAUAUGUAUUAGCAUUGGUGAACAUGUAAGGGCUAACAGAAUUCCUGAUAGUUUGGGCUGGUAAUGACAUUGAUUGCAUUCAGUAUAUUUAACUUUUGAAUUUAGUGUAUAGAUUAGUCUGAUGCUUGCGAUCGUAGAUAAUAUUUAUCUUGUCAUGUAUUUUAAUUUGAUUUAAUUCAAUUGAGUUUGUAAACAAAGAUUAAUUUUUUCAUACCAUAGAGCUUUUUGCCUGUUUUAUUGUGUUGUCAGUUAGUACAGUAAAACAUGGCUAUAGCAAACAUGCCUAUAAUGAAUUGGUGCUUACAGCGAAGUGAUAAACAUACAAGUAGAACUAAUGUAAGGAACUCUGGUUAACUAAUAUCUGUGUUGACUAUUUCAUGUCUGUGAGCAAUUAUAUUUUAUUUCUACCAGGUGCAACAACUGAUUUGUUUCAAUAUUUACCCCUAUGCUGAAGUUGCAUAUAAAUUGUGUAAAUAUCAAAUGCACUUGUACAUGUAUUAUAAUCGGUUUACACUAAGUAUGUAUGAAGUUUUUCAGAAUGGAGCAUCGGGGGAGUCUAAGUAAUACUCGAGGUUAAUAAUGAGAGUUGAUGUUGUUUCAGACUUUUCUUGCCAGAUGUUUGACCUCUUUUGUUCAGCGUUGUCAGUAAGUCAGGGUCGGUCAUUGUCUCAUGCUCUCUCUGUCGCUCACUAUGUGGUUGUUGUUAGUGUAUUGUACAAGUUUUAUGUAUGAUAUUUUUUCACUUCAAUUUCAAAUUAAUCUUUUGGGGUCAGAUCAUUUCUUGAGAUUUCUGAAGCUAUAAUUAUUUAGAAUUGUAGCAUCAUCAGUUCCAUUGUUGUGGAUUUCUAUCCAUGUUUUAUCGAUUCUAAAAUUGAUUUUUAUUUUUGUUUCAAUGAAACACAAAUAUUUUUAUUGCAAAUACAAAGAAAUAUAACUGAUAAAUAUUGCUUUGUGAAGUUGAAUGCUGUGCCUUUUCUCUACUUUGAUUUCUGAUCGACUAGUUUGCUUUUAAAAACUUGCCACUUUUUUGGCAAUGGGGCUGUAUGGCUACUAUAUGGUAAUUAAUAUAUAUACUUUUGUAUACGCUUCAUGGUUUGCAAGUGAAACACACGAUGAGCCACAUUGGCACAUGCAUUUAUAAAUACUUACUAUGUUAAGUGUAGUCUACAACACAUAAAUAUAUAGGACUUUUCGAUUUAACAGUUCAGUGACAUUGAUAAACAUGGCUGUACUUAAUUAAUACUUUAAAUCUAUGAUGUCAUUUAUCAAUAGGUAUUUGUUUGAAAGAAUUUUUUUUUUAAAGUUUUUAAUGUUUUACCACUUUUAACUUCAUCAGCAAUGUAAAGUUAGUUACCAAACUUGGAGAUAAUGAAUAAAUUACAUGAAAACUUGA